UAAAGCAAUGGGAAGACAUGAUGGGGGGGAUAAGGUUGAGUUAAGGAAAGGGCCAUGGACACGAGAGGAAGACCAGAAACUGCUGUCUUAUGUUCAGGAACAUGGCCAUGGAAGCUGGCGAUCACUCCCUGCUAAAGCUGGGCUAGAGAGGUGUGGGAAGAGUUGCAGACUGAGAUGGACGAAUUACCUGAGACCUGAUAUAAAGAGGGGAAAAUUCAGCUCUCACGAAGAGAAGACCAUUAUUCGACUUCAUGCUCUUUUAGGCAAUAGAUGGUCAGCAAUAUCAGCUUAUUUACCCAAAAGAACCGACAAUGAAAUCAAGAACUACUGGAACACUCGACUCAAGAAACGGCUAACCCGAAUGGGCAUCGACCCGGCAACCCACAAGCCCAAGAACAACUCCACAGCUGUCUCCCUCAGCCACACGGCUCAAUGGGAAGCAGCCCGUCUCGAAGCCGAAGCAAGGCUUGCUCGCGACUCGAACCUCCACAGCCGAGUCACCGCCCGCCCGUCGCCAUUUCUGCCACCUCAGCUGGCCCUUCUGCCAUGUCUCGACAUCCUCAAAGUCUGGCAAGCCAACACUGCCACUGCUGGCCACGUCAGCCUCUUCAGCUCAGAAAGACCCACAAAAUCAUCUCCUACUUCAACCCUAAAUUUCUCUGCAAACCAUCACAGCACAGCAGUCUCUGCAGGCAGCUCCACACUGCCAAACGGUGUCGUUUCCAUGAAUGAUUACACUUCAAUGGUAACUACUUCAGUCGAUGGUGGAGCUGAGAAUUCAUUACAGGUCCCUCACAGCAGUGACUCUUCCCUGGCUCUUGCUGUCGUUAACAAUGAUGACUAUCAUCGAAUGGAUUCGGCAGAACUUUCUGUCGAUCCUUUCUCCGACGGUUAUUACAACGCUGGUGGAUUCGACGUAGGAGGAUUGGAGGAUUCUAGACUCUUUUGGAAUGAGUUGCUCGAUUUGGUUGGCUCCCCGUUGGAAUCGACAUGGACGUUUUAGGGUUGUUUUGAAGAUGGAAUGAAACAUAUAUAUGGUUUCAUCUGAUGGACUGGACAGCAAUGAUUCUGUAUGUACCUAAUGUGACAUUUAAAUUUUCCCUAGAAGAUCAUUUAAUUUGCUAGAUAUUUGGUUAUGUAUUGAGGUUGAUAGUGUCGUGUGUGACAAUCAUUUGUGUAAAAUUUUACAAAUUUUAAUGAUCUAGGU